AUGACAUCAAAAUUUUCGGAAUUUCUCCGAACAUUUCAACAUCAUACAUCGCUGAGUUUACUUUGCAUCGAUGAGCAUACGCCGAGAAGCUGGAUUGAAGCCAAUUUUCAAAAGCGCGAAUGCAUUAAGUUCAUUCCAAAUCCGAAGGAUGUAGAUAAGUGUUGCUGUGGUCAAGAUCGAACAAUUCAUACAAUCGUUCCUGGCAUAGAUAUUGGAGUGGUUGGUGACAUUUGGCUACCCAAUAAGCAUACACGUCCGCAUCCUACCGAUGCUUAUGGAACUAUUGAAUUUCAAGGAAGUGCUCACCCAACAAAAGCUCAAUACGUCAGAUUGUCAUACGACACAAGACCGGAGUUAAUCGUUCAACUAUUCAAACAGGAAUGGAAUUUAGAAUUGCCUAAACUGCUUCUUACUGUUCAGGGUGGAAAAGCCAAUUUUGAACUUCAAUCAAAAUUGAAAAAGAUUCUACGAAAAGGUUUAGUGAAAGCUGCUAAAACAACUGGUGCUUGGAUAUUCACAGGUGGAACUAAUACGGGUGUAACGAAACAGGUCGGUGAUGCAUUGUUAUUGGAAGGGCAGCAACGUUCAGGUCGCUUAGUUAGCAUUGGAAUAGCGCCAUGGGGAAUUGUAGAGCGAAAUCACGAGCUGCUAGGACACAAUCGAGACGUCCCAUGUCAUAGCAUUAGUUCACCAAGAAGCAAACUUGCUGUGCUGAACAAUCGUCAUGCAUACUUUUUAUUGGUUGACAAUGGAACACAGGGAAAAUAUGGUGCCGAAAUAAUCCUUAGAAGGAAAUUAGAAAAAUUUAUCUCGAAUCAAAAACUCCAGCCAUUUACACAAUCAAGCACUCCCGUUGUGUGUCUGGUUAUUGAAGGUGGAAUGAAUACAAUUCGUGCUGUGCUCGAAUAUGUCACUGACACUCCACCAGUGCCUGUUGUUGUAGUUGAUGGAUCAGGACGUGCUGCUGACAUUAUUGCUUUUGUACAUAAAUAUGCCAGUGAAAAUGGGGAACAAAGUCAACUGUUGGAGUCUAUGAAAGAUUAUCUCAUCAACAUGAUUAUGAAAACUUUUGAAGUUGGAACGGAUCAAGCAGAUCGUCUUUAUGUUGAACUUCUUGAAAUAACCAAAUAUAAAAAUCUCAUAACCGUUUUUCGUAUUCAAGAUCGUCCCGAAGGGAAGGUCCAAGAAUUAGAUCAGACAAUCAUAACUGCUCUGUUUAAGUCUCAACAUCUGAGUCCACCAGAGCAAUUAAGUCUUGCACUCACAUGGAAUCGUGUCGAUAUUGCACGAACUGAAAUAUUUGUUUAUGGACAAGAAUGGCCACAUGGUGCUCUUGAUGAAGCAAUGAUGCAAGCACUUGAACACGAUCGAAUUGAUUUUGUAAAGCUUUUGUUAGAAAAUGGAGUUUCCAUGAGAAAAUUCUUAACUAUACCGCGACUUGAGGAGCUUUACAAUACCAAACAUGGACCAGCAAACACUCUUGGUUACAUCUUACGAGAUGUUCGGCCUCAUAUUCCUAAAGGUUACAUUUACACAUUACAUGAUAUUGGACUUGUGAUUAACAAAUUAAUGGGUGGCGCUUACAGAUCAUAUUACACUCGAAGGAAGUUUCGUCCAAUUUAUGCAAAAGUUAUGAACAGUUAUGUGAAUACACAUAGAAAGCCUUCGACUUUUCAACGAACGGCCGGUGUGAACUCAAUGAGUCUUGUAACUGGGUUGCUUCCUUUUACCUCUGAAAUGGCUUUGUUUCCUUUUCCUUUUAAUGAAUUGCUUAUUUGGGCUGUGUUGACCAAACGACAACAAAUGGCUUUGCUAAUGUGGACACAUGGUGAAGAAGCGCUUGCAAAAUCGCUCGUUGCUUGUAAACUUUAUAAAGCGAUGGCACAUGAAGCAGCAGACGAUGAUUUAGACACGGAAAUUUACGAUGAACUUCGAAAUUAUGCCAAAGAGUUUGAGGUGAAAGGUUUAAGGUUGUUGGAUUUCUGUUAUCGACAAGAUGGAGAGAAGACCCAGAAACUUUUAACGUGUGAACUUACUUCCUGGUCGAAUCAAAGUUGUUUAUCGCUUGCUGUUGCUGCUAAUCAUCGAGCGAUUUUAGCUCACCCAUGCAGUCAAGUUAUCUUAGCAGAUUUAUGGAUGGGCGCUUUACGAACAAGAAAAAAUACAAAUUUAAAUGUCGUUGCUGGAUUACUUGUUCCGAUUUACAUUAAGAAAUUGGAUUUCAAAACACGAGAAGAGCUUCAACAAAUGCCUCAAACUGAGGAAGAACAUUUAGAAAAUCAAUAUUUGGACUAUGAAGAUAAAGAGAAAUCCAUUACAGAUGCAGAGGUAUCAUUCACAGAUUCCGACGGAACACCAUUCAACCAUUAUGAUGAAGAUACGCGCAUUCAUCGCCCUUUAAGGUUGAAAAAGAAAUUCUAUGAAUUUUACACGGCACCGAUAACGAAAUUUUGGGCUGAUUCGCUUGCGUACAUUGUCUUUCUCGUUCUUUUCACUUACACUGUGCUGGUUAAAAUGGAGGCAACCCCCUGCUGGCAGGAAGUUUAUUCCAUUGCUUAUAUCACAACAUUGGGCUUUGAGAAAGUACGCGAGAUUUUAUCAUCGGAGCCUGUUGCUAUCUGUCAUAAAUUCUCUGUUUGGACUUGGAACAUGUGGAAUCCAUGCGAUGGAGUUGCUAUAAUCACUUUUAUUAUUGGUGUUGGCUUGCGAUUUCGUCCGAACAUGAUGGAUUAUGGGAGGGUUAUUUAUUGUGUGAAUUCCAUUUACUGGUAUCUCCGCAUCCUCAACAUUCUGGGUGUCAAUAAAUAUUUAGGCCCUUUGGUUACAAUGAUGGGAAAAAUGGUCAAAAAUAUGAUAUAUUUUGUUGUACUUUUGUUGGUCGUUUUGAUGUCGUUUGGUGUGAGCCGUCAGUCAAUUUUGAAUCCAAAUAAAGAGGCAGAUUGGAGGCUCGUCCGUGACGUAUUCUUUCAACCUUACUUUAUGCUGUACGGUGAAGUGUUUGCUGGUGAUAUUGACCCACCUUGUGGCGAAGACCCAAAUCAAACGCCUUGCAUCACUGGCCAAUGGAUUACGCCCAUAGCAAUGUCAAUGUAUCUUUUAAUUGCCAAUAUUUUACUCAUCAACCUCUUAAUAGCCGUUUUCAACAACAUUUUCAACGAAACAAAUUCAAUUUCUCAUCAAGUGUGGAUGUUUCAGCGUUUCACUGUGGUUAUGGAAUAUCAACAAAAACCUGUUUUACCACCCCCACUUAUCUUCUUCUGUCAUUUCUAUUCGCUUCUCAAAUACUGUAUUAGGAAGACAAAAGGUUUGAAAGAAGUUCGUGACAAUGGUCUUAAGCUUUUCCUUGAGAAAGAUGAUCUGGAAAAGCUAUAUGAUUUCGAAGAGGAAUGUGUCGAAGGAUAUUUUCACGAACAGAACAGCAUCCUAUUGCAAUCAACGGAAGAAAGAAUUAAAAAUACUGACGAGAGAGUUGAAGUGAUGACGCAGAAAAUUGAAGAUAUUAACAUAAAAGAAAAUCUACAAUCGGUUUCUGUUCAGAAUAUGGAAUUUCGCUUGCGAAAGAUGGAAGAAUCAACAGAACAGAUUUUAAGUCAUCUCGCUGUCAUUCAUCGAUUUAUGUCGGCUCACAUAAGCAGCAAUGAAAAUAUUCAAGGUUCUAUGGCAAAUAUUAGCUUUUCAAUCCCGCCAAUCGAUUCUAGAAUACGAACUGUUUCUGAAAAUGAUACGAAUAUUUUAUUGCUUCCGCCUAACUCGAGAACAGCAAGAAAAUUCAACAGGUCGCUAACGGAAGUUCGUCCCGAUGCUUACAUUUUUGAUGAAGGUGCGCACUUUGAAGUACGAACAGCAUUAAAAGAAAAUGAGAUGCUUCAGUCAACUGAAGAGAUUCAUGAUUUAGUAGCAACCAUUCGUAGUCGAAAGCUCUCAGUACAGUCGGAAGAGCCCGAAUAUUGCCUAUCUUCGCCCACAUUAUCACAACAAGGUAAAGCUCCUGAAACAAUGAUAAACGAACCUGAAAUUAUUUCAAGAUCUGAGCCUAUGAAUCCAAGACCACCUACACUUAGCGUUCGACAAGAUACGAACGUCAGUGCUGAGAGUAGAGAUACGCUUACCCCUUUGGACGUUGCUGACGAAAGAACUCUUGUCGGUGACCAUGCAAAUGAAGAUGUCGACCCAAUCUUUGAAGGCUUAAGACAGCGAGGAAUACGUCGAAGAAACUCACAAAUUGGACGAAGAAAUUCAGAAAGUCAAAAUGUUGACAUAAAUCGUUCACAAAGCAGUCUUAAUUUUAUUGGAAAUGCAAUGACGAGAAGACAGUUUAGUCUUACUCAAUCAGAACCCGACACAGAAGCAUCUGUUGGAGUAGGAAUUCCAAUACCGAAACCAUCAACGAAAAGUGGAAGACAUUUGUUGUUACAAAUUCAUGCUGAAUAUACUUCGAUAACAGAUGAAUUGGAAAGUAUGAUUGCAUCACCAACAACCAGCUUACUUGAUGAAAAACCGAAAAAUAUUAAUGAACUGUCAAAUCCAGAAUUUGCAGCGCUAAUUGAAAAGAAACAUCUGAAAGAAUGUGAAGAUGAUGAUUACAUGAUAAUGGAGAGAUUGCUACAAACAAGAGGAUCAAUUGAUGAAAGUGAUGAGAAUCUUGAGACGGGGUUUGCCCUUGAAUAUCAUCAAAAGCGAAUGUUGAGACGUGAAACUGCAAUCGAGCUUCCAGUUACACCAAAGAAGAAAGUUGAAGAAGCAACACAAAAAUCUGAACAGUUUGAAAUGAGAAAUGAACGAAUUCCUUCGAUAAGUCGAAAUGUUUCUGUUGAAAACAAUAAACUUUCACCUAUCACAGCUUCAAACCAAAAUUCACCAAAAAACUCACAACCAACGACAGGCAUUUCUUAUCUUAAUCCCGAACCAGAACACAAUCUUCGUUUUUAUAAAAAAUCAAGUGAAAGUUUGCAGAAAAAUUCAAGCUCUGAUACUGAUUAUUCUACUCAGCCAUAUCGUGUUAUCAAACAAAGCUCUAAUGACACAAACAGUUCAUUAAACAUCGAUAACUCAUCGUUUACCAAUGAUCUUUCUUUAGAAGCUGAUUCAAGCUUAAAUUCAACAGUAAUUGAGCAAAAUGAAGAACGACAUAAGCCGAAACGUGCUUCAACUAUGACAUCAGCUGAUACUCGUCCUAGUUUUUUAAGAAAACAAUUCAGUAUUGAUGGCAAACGAUUGGAAAAUCGGCCACACUCAGAAAAUUUAGAAUUUCGAUCAACAGUCAAAACUUAUGAAUCAUCUCAACAUCAUCUCCCUUCUAAACUAUCACAUUCACCUCGACCUCAAAUGAAUGUUUUAAAAGAAAGUUUAAGUACAAGCACUGAAGAUGCCCGCGAUGAUUCUCGGAAAAUGAUUCCAUCAAUAAGCACAAAUUUGAUUCAAGAUGAGAUCGCGAAGCUGUCGUCAAAUAUGAAAAGCAGUUCAGAUGAAGAAACUAUCCCUGAUGAGCUGAUUAACGAAACCAUGUGCUGA